CUUCAAAAGGCAAAAAGUCAGGCUACAGCAUGUCGACGUUCUACGCAAGUUUUAUUAUUCCAACGCUGCCUCAAUGAACACCGUCACCGCGAAAUUGUUACAAGUCCUAGGAAUCCCAUCCAAAAACCUGCGUCCUGUCAUGUGUGUUGGCCUUGCCGGCACAGGCGUAGGCUCCCAUCUACGUGGGCGACCUCGGCGCGGCGGCCGCAAGAUGCGCAAUGAACAUAGAAUUUGUUGUCCGGUGGUAUUGCAGAAUGAAUAUCGAACUAUGAUGGCAACGGCAACCAAGGCUACAAAAAACGGUAAAAUCAAGUCAGUGAAGGUCCAUGGCGCUCUCCAAUGUGUCAACCGGGAUUGCCCUGCGGUGCGUGUCGGGUACACUACUUUUAGUCGUGAUUCUCUCUCGAGUACGGCCAUGAUCAUCGCUGCUGUUACCCAGUUAUUCUCCCCUACCAAGUCACCUCUUCCCCCUUUCGAUCCUACCAACCCAACACAAGCAAGUUUUACAUUUUCACCUGCCUUUUUGCAGCAUCCAUCAUAUCAUCUUUAGAAAUGGUGCGCUUGUUGCUU